AUGGACCAACCCCCCGAACUGUUCCCGACCAAUUACAAGCCCUCUAUCCGCAUUGCAGAGUUAUCAGCCAACGCGCCGAUAGAAGAGAUUCUCUCCGUAAUUGACCGUGACGGCGGCGUUAUCAUCAAUGGCCUUGUUAGUUCCGAAGAGCUAGAGUCCAUUGAGAAGGAGAUUGAGAUGUACACCAAGGCAGACCGGUCCGAAGAUGAAGGUUUCUUCAAGGACUUGGUUCCACAGGAAACAAUCCUAAUCGGCGGUCUGGUUGGCAAAUCCGAUACAAUGGCGAGAAUUUGCGAGCAUCCGGUUCUCGAAGAACUACGGACACACAUCUUGACCGACGUUGGCACUAGAAGGGUUGAAAAGUAUGAUCUUCCGUAUCAUAUCGACCCAUUGCUCUCUGUGAGUUUGAGCUUUCGCAUCCAAUACGGCGCGCCACGACAGCGUCUUCACAGAGAUGACGGAACACACCUUAUUGAGCAUGAGAGCAAGCCGUACAAGCUCAACAAUGCCGCUCAAUUUGGGUGCUUAAUUGCAGGUGUCGAGACAACGCAGGAAAAUGGUGCUACCAUGUUUAUCCCUGGCAGUCAUCGUUGGGAUGAUAAAAGAGAGCCGCGGUUAGACGAGGUGACUUUUGCUGAGAUGAAACCAGGCGCGGCACUCAUUUUCCUUGCGUCUUGCUGGCAUGGCGCCGGCCACAACAGCGUUCCGGGAUUUACUCGCGUGCUUCACGGUUUAUUCUUCUGUCGUGGCACGUACCGCACACAGGAGAACCAAUUCUUGGCUAUCCCACGCAGCAAAGCACUGUCGAUGAGUCCCAAGAUGCUCAAUCUCCUCGGGUACAAACAACCUGGCGCAGCGCUUGGAAUGGUGGAAAAUGCAGAUCCUAUGUUGGAUCUGGAGCAUUUCCUUGAAGAAGCCAAUCUGUAG